AUGAGCAUAUCAAGAGCUGAUACCGCACAUCCAAGAACGCCAUGGGCAGCUGUAAGACGGUUUCUGAACAACACUACCGCUCAUGGACUUCCACGAAUUCCUCAUGCUAGGAACCAAAAAGGAAAAUUGUUCUGGAUAUCCGUUUGGCUCUCCUUCUUCAUGGUUUUUUUCGUUCAGGCAUUGAUUCUUCUAUCGAAGUACUACAACCGUCAUCCAAUCAUAGUGGUCACGGCAAGUUGUUGCAUCUUCUAUUGACU